UGAAAGGAUUCUCUGUCUAAUGUGCAGGACUCCACCAGUGACUUGGUGCCACCCUUGAGACCUAGCUUCUGGGUUCUGAUGGACUAAUCCUUCACUUCUCGAUCCAUGGGAAAACCAGAGAGCCUUGGGGCUCUGGGUGCGAGCUCCCGCCCCUGCAAAUGUCGGGCACUUUGUCUCCAGCGAUAAGCAAGUCUGCGAUAGCAGCAGCCUCUAGCAGCCCGAGACUUGGCAAGCCCUUGCCAGCGCGCGCUCCUCCUCCUGCCGCCCAGCCCAGCCCGGCGCGUCUCGGAGGACACUGAUGCUCCGCUUGCUCGGCAGAGUCAUGUCAUUUUCGCCUAUGCCGCCGCCGCCGCCUCCGCCACCGCCACCGCCCACCCGAAUCCAGGGGGGCCCCGCCGCGCGCCAGCUAUCCCGGAGACCCUGCGCGCCGCCCGUGCCCUCGCCGCCCGCCGCCGCCGCCGCGGGCGAGAAGAAGAGGAGGCCGCCCGAGAUGCUGCUCUCCAGCUCCUGGCCCUCCGCCACCCUGAAGAGGCCCCCGGCACGGCGCGGUCCCGGCCUGGGUCCGGGCACCCCGCAGCCGCCUACCUCCGCACGCGUCCCGUCCCAGCCCUCUCCGGGCCGUGGGGGAACCCCGGCCACGUGCUCUGCUCCCCGGAGGGUCGCCUGCAGCCACAUCCCAGCGGCAUCCACCGCCUCGGGGACCUCUGCGGGGGCGGGGGCCGGGCCCGACGACACCACGCGCUUCUCCUUGAGCCUCACCCCAGAAGCCAUCCUGGUCAUCCAGAGGCGCCACCUGGAGAAGCAGUUGCUGGCGCGACCCCGCAGGCCCUUCACUGCACCCUCGGCCGACCCGCGGCGCCCCCUGGUCCCCUGUCCCAGGACCAGGUCUUCGACCCUGCGGAGGGGCGGUCCCACCAGUGUCCCCGACGCGCCUCUGGCUGUGGCAGUCAGCAGCCGCCCUCCCCGUGCCUCGCUGCUGCCGGGAGGUCUGCAGGCCACUAUGCCCAGCCCGCACCCCUCCAGCCUGCGCCCAGUGCUUAAGGUGUCGCUGCUCAAUGAGAAGCACAAGUACGAUGAUGAGGAGUACGAGGAGGAGGUGGAGGUGGUGGACGAGGGCCUCGUGCGCAAGUGCACCGAGUGGCUGCGUGGGGUGGAGUCGGCGGCAGCUGCGAGGGGCCGCACAGAGCAUCUGGACUCGCUGCCGCACCUGAGCACGCUGUGAGCUAGGUGGGCCUGUGGGACCCAGCCUGGCUUGAGGCCCACGGCCGCCUCCUGCGCUCCUUGCACACCUGGGCUCUUGUGAACCAGGUAGGCCAGCAAGGGACAGGACUAUUCCCCAGGUGUGCUUACUCAUGAGUGACCCACAGCCUUUUCUAACGCCCACCACCCACCUUCUGUGCAAUUAGGUCAGCGUGAGACACAGCAGACUCGCCUGACUCCAGCAGCUCUUCCCUGCUCCUCCUUCUGCCCCCAAACCCCAUGGGGAGGAAGGACUUGUGAAAUGCCUUCUAACCUCCCACCCUAACUAAGGAUUGGACCCAGAGGUCCUCUGCCCCAGGUGGCAUUCUACUUCCUGGGGACUCUGCAAGCCUGUGACCACCGAGGGUGGAGUGGUCUUCUAUUGCAGAGCUAGGACAUGGUGCUACAUACAUGAUUUCUUUCCUUACAAAUAAGAAAGAUAUUGGGUACUGGAAACUCUGGUUAACUAACCGUGUAACCCAGCAGCCCUGGAAAGUGUUCUGGGUGAUCCUGGAGAACUUGUGCUCCACCAGCCAGCUGAGGACUCAGCCAUCCCUUACACACACACACACACACACACACACACACACACCACUCCCCUGUCAAUGCACAAGCACAUCCAUGCCACUAGCAGUCAUGCAUGCAUGCAUGCAUACGUACACAGCCACCCACACAUGCCCACGAUAACACAUACAUGUGCAUACAUGGCCAUGCGCAUGUAGUCGAAGCCACACACAGGUGUCUCCAGGGGCACAGCUAGAAUUUUUUUUGAGAGGUAGAUCAAGGUGGGGACCGGAGUCAGGGUUGUUGUCUGUUAAGAAUGCAGUUUUUAUCUGAGGGCAUAGCAAUGUCGCCCUCACUAGCUAGGGCAGAGAAGGAUGUGGUCGGUGAGUGAAAGCAAGGCAGGGCAAGUCUGCCCACCCGAACAGUUUGAGGUGGAAGCAGGAAGUAGCUGUGGGCCAGGGCAGGUGUCUCUCAUCACUGUGAAAACCGUGACAAUGGGGUUCUGUAUGCUGUAAAUAGUGACUUUUUAGAUUCUAUUUAUUAUUUGAAUGAAGGGUUAAACUCCUGUCUCUUAGGAGCCAAGCCCUUCCCAUUACCUGGAGGAUGAUUCUUUUGUAUUUCUUCUGUGCCUGAGUGGAUUUAACCCCAAGGAUGAGAAGGAAGUAUUUGUUCUAAUCAGAUAAGGUUGCCUGUAGGAAAGUAAUGCAUUACCUCAUUUUUUUUUACUUAUCUUAUGCAAGUCAAUAACCAGUUUAAUGUUUGUCUUGUUAGAUUUUAAUGUGUCAGUUCUCAAUUGUAUUUUAAAUCAAAGCCUUACAUUUUUAAAAACCAAUUAUAUAUUUUCCUUGUAGAGGUCUUUGCGUUUUCUCUCUCUCUCUCUCUCUCUCUCUCCCCUCUCUUUCCUUCUUGGCACAAGCUUUGCCAACCAAGAGGCCUUAGUUCAGAGGGAGCUACAUCAGACACCAGAUGAAUUUAAAAAAAAAAGCUACUUAUUGAUUUUAAAUGGUUAAUGCCAAAGGGGCAAAAUUAGCAACACUGGUGAGGGCGGGGGCAAGGGGAGGAGAAGGGAAGGGCUGUUCCUCUAGGCAAGUCAGGUGGAGAGGGCACUGCCUCUGCGCUCAAGCCUGGCACAGGAUGGCUUUCCCCCUGUCUGCACUCAGCGCAAUCGCCAGUACUUCACAUGCUCAGCUCCUUGGCCUCAGCAACCUUAACAACACCAGAAACAGUUCCUGAUCCCUCCUAAAGGAGUGUCCUCUAGGGAGGUCUUCCUCCCCCUUUGUCCCUUUGUCUGUCAUGUAGGUCUGUGUACCAUUCUGUCCAUCUCUGUUUGUCUGCUUUGAUUUUCCAUCCUCACUGUCUCCUCCAGGCAGCCCUCCCCUCUCCCUUUCUAACCGGCCUCAGUACAGAGCUUAGUAUGUUCUCCCUGGUUGGUGACUCAAAGGGGCUUCAUGUGCCUGGCUCUUCACUUCAGAGAUGGGGGCAUGUUUGUGUUGAAUGGCCGAUGACUCUGUAACGAGAGGAAGGCCUGCACAUGUCUUGUGAAGUCUCUUCCUCGUUGCCGACAUUCUGAAGACAUUUUCUAGUCACUGUGCUACAGUUUCUUAAUGCUUAAAUAAAAAAAAAGUAAUCGAA